AUGUGCGUGUGGGUGCAGGCGGGCGAGCGAGCGGCUUCUACAGUGAGACCGAAGCAGGAGCUCAGCCUUCGCCUGCGACCUGCAAUCCCCAGAUUCCCUGGGGACCUCGAAACUCCCAAUCGGAGAGCCAUCCUCGCUCUCUCCCCAGUGCUGGGCUGUUGGAGAGCUCGAGCUGCAAGCCACCGAGCGCGAGCUCGAGCGCGGCGCGCUGGCCGGGGAACCCAAGAGCGCACGGCGCCCCAAGCUGGCAGGCGCCGCGGGACCCCCCACCCUCGCCGGCUGCCCUUCCCCGGGCGCCCCUACCCUCCUCGCCCGCAGGAGACCCUGGGCUUCCCCGGAGGAGCUCACCCCAAGGGGCCAGGACUCCGGCGAGCCCGCCACCGUCCCCUCGAGUGCCGCCGCCACCACCGCAGCCGCGGGAGCAGCAUGGUCCAGCUGGGGAAGCUGCUCCGCGCCCUGACUUUGAUGAAGUUUCCCUGCUGCGUGCUGGAGGUGCUUCUGCGCGCGCUGGCGGCGGCGGCGCGCGGCCAGGAGAUGUACGCCCCGCACUCCAUUCGGAUCGAGGGGGACGUCACCCUCGGGGGGCUGUUCCCGGUGCACGCGAAGGGUCCCAGCGGAGUGCCCUGCGGCGACAUCAAGAGGGAGAACGGGAUCCACAGGCUGGAAGCGAUGCUCUACGCCCUGGACCAGAUCAACAGCGAUCCCAACCUGCUGCCCAACGUGACGCUGGGAGCGCGGAUCCUGGACACUUGUUCCAGGGACACUUAUGCGCUCGAACAGUCGCUCACUUUCGUCCAGGCGCUCAUCCAGAAGGACACCUCCGAAGUGCGCUGCACCAACGGCAAGCCUCCGGUUUUCGUCAAGCCCGAGAAAGUAGUUGGAGUGAUUGGGGCUUCGGGGAGUUCGGUCUCCAUCCUGGUAGCCAACAUCCUGAGGCUUUUCCAGGUUGAUGGGCGCUACGGGAUAAGGAAAAGGAUGUGAAGCUCACUGAAGAGGCUUGGGUUGGGAGUGCUGGAGGAGUGUACAGGUGGGGAAAAUGUACCAGCGUGUAUGCCUACUGGGACCACGUUUUCCAGAACAGUUAAGCCCAGUGUCAACUGUGCUGUCCCACCUUCCUCUCUUAGUGAGAAGAGAGCAGGCUGAAUGGAAGAAAGUCAUUAUGACCACUGGGGCCACUAGGCCUAGCCCUGUGGUCUUGGGCUAAUCACUAACCUGCUUAGAUACAACUUUCUUCUCUAUGAAAUAGAAACAAUAUUAUAUGCUUUGAAGGACUGCAGGAAGAUGAGCUGUAAUGUUUAUCAAGUGCCUAGGUUCGGUGGCUGGAAGAUGCUCCAGAGAGACGAGGCUGCGGCGGAGGAGGUGGCGGCGGCCGAAUCGGCAACGGCGCUAGGGUGGAGAGAAGGCGGCGGCGGCGGCGGCGGCGGCGUGCGGGGCCCAACGGUGUAAACAGCCCCGGAGGCGGCGGAGGCGGUGGCCAAGACCCCGAGGGGGAAGCGGCGGCUGAGCCAGGGUCGCGCCUCCGUUGGAAGCCUGGGCUGAGUGCAGCAGAGGGGUUCUGCGGCGGGCGCGAGCGGACGUCCUAGACCUCGCCUCCCUCCCUCGCCCCAGAUUUCUGUGUGUGUGUGUGUCCCCAUGAUGAAAACAUCAUUAAAGUAAAAUAUCAUGAAUAGACUCUUAAGAAGCAGAGUCUACUGAAAGUCCUGGAAAAUAUGAAAGCACUAAUAUUCAUGGACAGCUCUACACUCUGAAAGUUACUCCAAAUGUUGUUGAUCUCUCUUUUGUCUAGGAGUUUUUCAAAUUUUCUACCAUGAUCAUUUGUUAGUUUUAUAAUUACAUAAUAAAGGCAUUACAUCAUACAA